AUGCCGCUCUCGCGCGCGGAGAUCGAUUACGUGCGCGAUGGCAUCGACCAGAACAUGCGCAACGACGGCCGCACGCGCGAGGACUACCGCGAGCUGACGCUCGAUCUCGGCGUCAUCCCUCAGGCGACCGGAUCCGCGCGCGCGCGACUGGGCCUCGACGCGUGGAGCACGGACGUCAUCGUCACCGUCAAGGCGGACAUCGGCGCGCCGUCCGCGGAGCACCCCGGCGACGGCCGGCUGCGUUGCGCGGUCGAGCUCUCGUCCGCGUCCGACACCGCGUACGGAGGCCGCGGCGGCGAGGCGCGCGCGACGGAGCUGAGCCGCGCGCUGGAGCGUUCGCUCCUCGGCGCGACCGCGGGGUCGUCCGCGUCGCUCUCCGCGCACGGCGAGGGGUGCGCGCUGGACAUGUCCGCGCUGGGGAUUCAGAGGGGGAAGAGCUGCUGGAUCUUGCAGGUGGACGGGCUCGUGCUCGCGGACGACGGGAACGUGUUGGACGCGCUGUCGAUGGCGACGCGCGCGGCGCUCUUCGACGCGAAGAUUCCAAAGGUCACCGCCGUCGCGGGGCCCAAUCCGGACGACCCCGCGGAGCUCGAGCUCGACGACGACCCGGAGGAGUGCUCGCGUCUAGACGUCAGCGGCGUGCCGGUCAUCGUGACGCUGACGCGCGUCGGGAAGCACUCCAUCGUCGACGCCACGAAGGACGAGGAGAGCAUGCGCGAUCCGCGGUUGUGCGUCGGCGUGGACGCGACGGGGAAGGUUAGGAGCGUCGGGAAACGCGGCGGCGGCGGGAUCGAUCUGAACGCGAUGUGCGCGAUGACGCGGACGGCGUGCGAGUGUGGGAAGCAGCUCAUCGCGGCGUUGGACGAGGCGCACGCGAAGGCGGAGGCGGAUGCGGCGGUUCAGGCGGCGAAGGGCGACGACGACGACGACGACGCGGACGACGCGAUGGCGGCGUGA